GGUCUCACAGGCAUGUGAGUGAGCCCCACAUGAUGGCAUCAUCAACCUCCCUUUCAGGUCCUCGCACCCGGCCCAAGAAGCCUCUGGGCAAGAUGGCUGACUGGUUCAGGCAGGCCCUGCAGAAGAAGCCCUCGAAGAUACCGAGCUCCCCAGAGAGCUCCUCCAGCGACACCCCGCGGGUCUCCUCCGGGACACAGCCUGCUAGCUCGAGCCUCAGCACCACGGCCUCACCAUCCGCCACCCGGCCAUCAGCCGCCUCGGAGGAGCACGAGGGCGCCCGCAGCAACACUGGCCGCUGGAGCAGGGACUAUGAUGUCUGCGUGUGUCACAGCGAGGAGGACCUGAUGGCUGCGCAGGAGCUAGUCUCCUACCUGGAGGACAGCGCUGCCAGCCUGCGCUGCUUCCUGCAGCUGCGCGAUGCUGCCCCGGGCGGUGCCAUCGUUUCCGAGCUUUGCCAGGCCCUGAGCAGCAGUCACUGCCGUGUGUUGCUCAUCACCCCGGGCUUCCUUCGCGAUCCGUGGUGCAGGUACCAGAUGCUACAGGCCCUCUCCGAGGCCCCAGGCGCCGAGGGCCGCACCAUCCCCCUGCUGUCGGGCCUUUCCAGAGCCGCCUACCCACCCGAGCUCCGAUUCAUGUACUAUGUGGAUGGCAGAGGCCCUGAUGGAGGCUUUCGCCAAGUCAGGGAUGCCGUCUUGCACUAUCUGCGGACACUCAGCUGACUCACGCCGUUGUGGGGCCCAGCAGGCUGGGACUGUGCUGGAUCUAGAGGCCCCUGCAGGGUCUUGGGUCUAGCAGAUACACUAAGAGGCCUCAGGAGCCAGGACCUCGUUCGUUCAUGACCAUCAGGCCUCCCUUGCUGCGGGCUCCCAGGAAAGCCAAGGGGAAGUCAGGGACUCCCCCUAGGAAAGUGGUGAGGAAGAUGGGACUUCCCCCACCCCCAGGAAGGCCAUGGGGAGGCUGGGGACUCCCCGAGGAAGGCCAUGAGGAAGCUAGAAGUUGGAGGUGGUAGGGUUGCUUGCGGGGGUUGGCAGCGUUUUUGCCCCCUGGCUCAUUGGACAGGAAGCUGGGCACAUGCCUGUUUUUCUUCCCCUGCAAGUAGGCACUGGUUCAAAUAGGCACAUCCUCCCGGAGUGAUGAGCUGGAUGCCCAGACUGCAGGCCGCAGUGCCAAGGUCUUCCCAUGCCCUGGGGGUCCUUUGAACAGGUGCCAGUCCUCAGGUCCUUCCUAACUACACUACCACUGCUCUCUUUUGAGACACAGGCCUACUCUGAGAGUGGAUGUACCAUGUCUUGUUGCACACGUGUUGCAAAAGACACAGAUCUAGAAGCUAUUCUGAAUUAUAGGAGAGGGGACUCGGUCCCUUCAGUGGGGGAUCCAUAGACCUCCACUCCAGCCUGUGCAGCCCGGGAGCCUUCCUCGGAGCUCUGGGUAGAGUUGUAACUUUCCCCGUAGCCACGUGCACCUCCCGGCUAAGGGAUCCACGGUCUCCCCUGGCAGUGCCACGCUCCUGACAGGACAGGCACGGCUCCACUUGACAGUUCUCAGCAGGUUUUUGAACUAAAGAGGAUUUUAUUGUUCGGUACCUCUUCUCUCCCUUCCGACCUCCUGUCCCCUCUUUGAGCACACUUGAAGAUUACAUGUGAUGAUGUAAAGAAGGACGAAGGAAGGAUAUUCACUCCUGUGCCUCCCAGCCAGCUUAGGAAGCAAGACCUCCUCAUUGCCAAGGUGCUCUUUC